CAACACAAACUGAACGCGAACAUAAACUACAAUAGCAGAAAGUCAACAUUCAGCAAAAAAAAAAACACGAAUGUAAAUGGCCAUGGCUAAAGGCGACAUCCACUAAACAGGCGAAAGCUAACAGACUGAGCCUACUUUGCGCGCAGUUGACGCAAUUAUGCAAGUUGCAAUUGCCGCAAUAACAAACUGUACUUGCUGCUAGGUAAAAAAGGAAAAAAACUGCUGCUCACUUGCACUUUUUCAACUUUGGGGCCACAGAGCCACAGUGCAGCGAUGUAAGGCGCUGCUUGCAGCAACGCGCACAAAUUCAGGUGAAAUCAGCAGCAGCAAAAAUGAUGAAUACCAAACAUUCCUCGGAACCAUUCUUUAUAUCAACCAAUUUGUUCGACAACCGGCGACUCAAGCGCCGCGUGUGCAAAUGGAUGGACCGCCUGCGCGAACGGCAACAACACUUUUACAUGCAUGCCCAAGCACCUGUUCCCGUUCCCAUUCCAAUUCCCGUUCCCGUUGCCGUUCCUCCUGCGCCUUCUGCUUGCAAGACUGAUCGCAUGAGGCGACGUUGCCAUAUGUCGUCGUCGUCGAUGUUGUCGCGUCGUCAUGUGGCCGCCACACUGCCCGCAGAUAUCACCAUCGAUCUUCUGUCGGAUGACGACGAUGAUGAUGGCGAUGACGACAACCAGACGAGGGCGAGGACGACUGCUCCCAGGCCAUCCAAUUUGACAGUGAGCAACGGCAGUCUGCAGUUGUCCAUGGUGCCGAACAUCACUUUGGUGCCGGCGGCGCAUAGCUCGACCAUGUUGCUAAUGCCAGCGGGCAGCAGGAACAGAAGCAGGAAACGUUGUGGAGAUGUGACAACAACAUGCAGCAUUGUCCUCACCAGUGACGAUGAGGAUGGCAGUCGAAUAUUGGCCAGUCGCCGAAUAAUGCGCUCCCCACCGCCGCUGGCGCCGCUCACCCGCUCAUCCGGCGUUGGCGCCGUCGUCGAGGAGGAGGUAACUGUGUCGCUGGUGCCACGGAAUUCGACCACUGCCAACUGCCAGGCGCGCCAGGCCUCGUUCCACAGCAAUCCGAGCAGCUGCAGCACACCAAGCACCACAUCACCCAAAACCAGCCACUUCGAUGGCUAUCUCCGGGUAGAUGUGGAUGGCGGUGAUGUGGAUGCCGUUGGCGCGUUACCGGAUGAGACCACCGUGCACACGGUCAUCGCGAAUCGCAUCUACGAGCUGUCGCUGAGCAAGUUGCGCGAGGGGCUCGCCUCCAGUGGCAUGCCUGAGUAUGCCCAAGAUCUGCUGCCCGAGCAGCUGCAGAAGCUGUCGCCGGCGAUGCGUGCCAAGGUUGCACCGAUGGUGGCGCCGUCGCCACCGGCGCCAAUUUCCCUCAAACUCUCCAGCGAUCUGAGCAUAUCACUGAUCUCCGAUGACGACGAUUGUGAUAGCGCCAAUGGCAAUGGAAUGACAGCAUCAGCAACUGCUGCUGGUGGCAGAGGCAGAGGCGUCGGCAUUGACCUGUUGCAUCCCGUUGUUGCGGCCGAGGCGCAUGCCGCCGCCAAGUUACUCAAGCAGCAGCAGCCACAGCUCUCCGUGGUGCAGCAUCUACAGUAUCCGGGCCAUGGCACCCCCGUUGCCCUGCCCGUUGUGGCGCUCGGGGCAACGCCGCCGACAACAAACAGACGUCGCAAAUUAGGCUAAGAUUCAUGGAAUCAUUCCAAUCAAUCCCCCUUCCCUCCCUCCCCCCAAAAACACAUACAGAAUUUGUCUUAUACUAGCCCAUAGUGCAAAUUUAUAAGCGUAAAUGCAUACAUGUAAAAGAAUGAGAUGACGCUGCCUUGGAAUCAGUUGAAGGAAUUGUCAGAAGCAGAGGCAGAGGCAGGCAGAUGUCGAAUAAACAGUUGCCGUGAAAUACACGGCUUUCCUGUCAGUCGUUAUUAACGAUCUCUCUCUGUCUCUCUCCGGAAACCCUAAAUUGGAGGUCAGGUCAAACACAAACGAAGUUGGAAGCAAAAAAUAAAACCAUACAUUGGAAGUCAAACGUCGAACAAACUGCGCUGGAAGCUAGUUGAUCAAGCCGUGCACACUUGAAUGUCAUCAUCCUCCUCACACUCAAAUUAUAGACUUGCAGUUCCAGUUCCAGUUUGGUGCAGUUGAACGUGUCUCCCUCCCACUUACGUGUUUUGCAUGCGACACACAAGAAACACGAAUGGUUCCGUCUUUCUCUCAUACCUUAGGCCUUUUAAAACAUACAAUUUUAAAAUUAUGAAAAAUUAUAGAAAAUACAAUCAAUUGAGCGGGAAACAAAUUCACAAUAUUUAUAUAAUACACACAA